GGUCACACAUACCAAGUUUGGGUCAAGGAGACACAAUAAGGUGCCUAUAGUACUUGUACUACUAUAUAAAUUAUUUUGAAAAUAUGAUUUUUCGUUAUAUAUUGCUUAAUCUCUCUCUCAAAGUGUGUGUCAAAAAGAUACGUUCCUUUUUUAAAAAAAAAAAAAGAUGAAGCAUUAGUUUUUCUUUUUUUUUAUUAUAUAAAAUACUCCUAUUCAAAUAUUUAAAUGUUAAUCACUAAAAGAGAUUUAAACAACAAAAAAAAAAAAAAAAAAUCACUUAAAGAGAUUUAAUGUACUCAAUUUUUUGUUUCCUUAAUUAAUAAAUAUUUAUAUGUUUGAAAGAAUAAUCAAAUUAAGAUAUAAUCUCAUCUUACCUUUUUAAAAAAAAAAAAAUAUCUUCCUUGUAUGUUAAGAAUCAUUAAUUUUCUAAUAAAUAUUAUUGUAUUUUUAUUUCCUUAUCUGCCAAAAGGCGCACAUGCCUUACAUGCAUUGUCAUCAUCUUUAACCACCACAUAAGACUAAUAAAUAUAUUUUUUUGUCUAAUGUAGUGAUCUUUGACCCUUUAUUUCAAUUAUAUAUACUAUCUCCACUUUCAAAUGUAACGACAUCCUACAUAAAAAAAACACCCAUAUUCAUACAACAAAAACCCAUGGAAAUGGAGAAAAUGUACCUGUUCCUAUCUCUUUUAGCAAUCAUAAUUUUCCUUCAAAAAAUCUUUCUACCUUCUAAAGCAAAGGACAUGAAACUCCCACCAAGUCCACCAUCAAUUCCUAUAUGGGGCCACUUACACCUACUUAAGCCUCCCUUCCACAAAACACUCCUAACCCUUGCUAAAUGUUACGGCCCAAUCUUUUCCCUUCGUUUGGGCUACCAGCCCCUUUUGAUUGUCUCUUCUCCAUUAGCCGUCGAGGAAUGCCUUGACAAAAAUGAUAUCAUAUUUGCUAAUCGACCUAAGUUCAUUGUUGGUGAGAUUUUAGGAUAUAACUUUUCGAUCCUUAAUUGGUCUCCAUAUGGGGACAAUUGGAGAAAUCUCCGACAUGUUGGGGACUUAACUUUGUAUUCCUUUCAUAAGCUUAAUGAUGUGAGCCCUAUUCGGAUAGAUGAGAUCCAUAACAUGAUCUUAGAGCUUCUAACCAAGUCCGAGGGUGGGACUCGAAAAGUGAACUUAAAUAAUAUUUUUCAUAAGAUGGCGCACAAUUUUGUUAUGAGGGUAAUAAAUGGGAAGACAUGGGAUCACAUGGAUUUGACACCACCCCCUAGUUACAUGACAAUGUGUGAUUUCUUUCCCAUAUUAAGGUGGGUAGGAUUUGGAGGGAUUGAGAAAAAUUUGAAAAAGAUUAUGAAAAAGAGAGAUGAAUAUUUACAAAAUUUGCUUGAUGAUUGUAGAGAAAGUAUAAAAAGAGGAUCAUCUUGUAGCAAGAAAGUUGUGACAAAAAAUUUGAUUGAACAGUUACUAGACUUCCAGGUUGCUGAACCCCAUUGCUAUACCGAUGAAUUUAUCAAAAGUUUCAUUUUGAUGCAGCUAUUAGCGGGACCGAAAGGUAUAAUUCAAACCUUGGAAUGGGCAAUGUCAAACCUAAUAAACAACCCAGAAAUCAUCGUAAAAGCAAGGGACGAAAUUGAUCUAAUCGUAGGAAAAGGAAGACUCGUAAACGAAUUUGAUGUACCAAAAAUGAGCUACAUACAUUGGAUAAUGUAUGAGACUAUAAGACUUUUCCCACCAGAACCAAUUCUAUUCCCACAAUGCUCAUCCAAAGAGUGCACUAUUGGAGGGUUCCAUGUAGAUAAAGGCACAAUGCUCUAUGUGAACGCUUGGGCAAUACAAAGGGAUCCUAGCCUAUGGGACGAGCCAAAUGUGUUUAAGCCAGAGAGGUUUGCAUAUGAAACCCAAGGGUACAAGUUUUUUCCCUUUGGAAUGGGGAAGAGGUCUUGCCCCGCGACUGCCUUUGCUACUAGGAGUUUCACUUUUGCUUUGGCUACUCUUAUCCAAUGUUUUGAUUGGGAAGCGCCUAUGAAAAUUGGUACCAAUAUUGGACCCAAGGAAAAGCCUUUAUUAGAGGUAAUUUGUCACCUUAGGUCAUCAAUGGUGGAUGUCGUUGCAGAACUAAAAGUUAAUUAA